UCUCACUUCUCUCUCUCUAACACAGAGGGUCAGAAUUGACUGAUCAUCAGCCUUCAUGUCUUCGAUUCUGUCAUCACAGAGCGUGGUGUUCGCCACCGCCAUGGCACUUUCCGGCACGGUGAUUCUCCUCGCCGCUCUCCGCCUCCAUAAGCCCACUUCCCAUUUUCCUUCCUCAGAUGGAGGGAAGAAAAUAAAGAAAAAGAAGAUGAAGAAGGUGCACUUUGCAGAAGAUGUGGUGGACCCAAUUGGGAAUAGUGAAGAAUAUAGGAAAUCACACAAGGCUAACUUCCAUAAAUAUUCAAAUCCAACCACUUCAAAGAAAGGCAGGAAAAUUCAAGAAAUGCCAGCCAAUAGAAUGGCCCUUUACAAUGGCAUUUUGAGAGAUAGAGUCCUCCAAAAGAUCACAUAUUCAUGUUGAUAAAUCAUCUUCUCUCUCUCUCUUUUUUUUUGUAAAAAAUUCAUCAUUUGUUAAUAUGGUUCUAUGAGUUUGGUAGGGUCAGAUUUGGCCAUUUGAGAGUUGAGGUAUGUACAAAGACCAAAUUUUCUUGCCCAAUUUGAAGGGGUCGAGGAUGAUGUGUUAGUGUA